AUGAGGGUAAGUUUACUACUGGUUUUUGCGAUACUUGGACAGCAAUUUCAAGUGACUUUUACCUAUUUUUGGAAUGAAGCAGCGACCACUAAUCAGAGACCCGCUCCCUCUCCGAACGGCAAUACUCCAUCGAAUUUGGGAUGUUUCAUGUGCACCCAACUCCUCUCCGUCACCAAGCACCGAGUCGGUUUAUCCGAAAACCAGCUAAGAAAUCAAUUGUACGAAAAGUGUCGAGUACUUCCGUCAGUCUUCAAGGAGCAGUGCUUUGCUUUCGUGGAGACGUCGCUUCCCGAAAUCUAUUACUCGAUUAAUUACGAUUUGUCGUCGAAAGAUGUUUGUGUGAGAAUGAACUUCUGUGAUGAACAGAAUCCCUUUGCGGUCGGCGGUCCCCUACCCCCAAUCGAGUCAUCCACCAUGUUCCCUGAAGAUGACAUCGAAGAAAUUGAGAUUCCAACCACUACAACCAGAAGACGUACCACAACAACUACUACACUUCCCACAACCACUACACGAGCAACGACUACAACUACACGAAGCCCUCCACCAUCACCUCCGAUGGUUCCAGAGAGAAGAGAAGAGCGUACAGAUCGAAUUGGGCAUAAAAAUGUUCUUGAGAUAAUAAUUCCACCACCACUUCGUCCAAAAUAUGUGUCUCGAAAUACAAUCGUUGAAACUUCUCGAGAAAAAGUGGUGGAGAAAGAAGAAGUGGACGAAAAACGAUUGACAUGCUCUUUCUGCGAACGGAUGCUCGAGAAUGCCAAAAAUUAUGCAGUUACGUCGAAGACGGACAUAACCUCAUUCGCCAACACAGCCUGUGCAUCGCUUCCCAAAGGACGAACCUCUGAUCAGUGUUACCAAAUGGCUGAUAAGAAAAUCGCAGAAUUGGCGAAAUUUGUGGAUCAACAAGUGGUAGAUGCUCUGUGGUGCGCCGAAUUGAAUCGGUGUUGA